AAAAGAAGAGGAAGAAACAGAAGAAAAAUAACAUUAACAACAACGGUGGUGAAAUAAGGAAGCAAGAGAGAAUCAUAUUCAUGGCGGUCCCAACCUCUUCUCUCGCAAUCACCAUUCAUUCUUAUAAAUAAGAGCACUCUUCAGACAACAUAACAAAGGAAACUAUCAAAAUUCGCAUCUGUCAUUGUAUUUGCCUUACACAUCAGCCACACUCAAUCUCUUGCUUCAUUCCCAAACCUCUUCUUUCCCUCAAGUUUGUAGAAGGAGAACUUUCCCCCUUCUUUUUUUAUCGGCAGUUCUCUGCAAAUAAAUGCAAAAAAGGUUUCAAAAAGCUUUCUUAGCUUCAACAAAAUGCGAUCUCCUUCUUAAUUUCUGAAGGAAAGUUACAUGGUCUAGAAUUUCCCUGGAGUGUAGUAGUCAGUUGUGGUAAUAAAGAUGGGGGAUCACUUUGAAUUACUGGUCGAUCGAUUGCUUACUGAAUCCACAUUAGAAGCUGCAAUUGAAAGCAGGAAUAAGUCUAUGUUGGCUGCAUCCUCAGCAGUGAAUGACGCGAAAAUUGAUCUCAAUUUGAUGAAAGUGGGUCUGGAUGAUAUAAAAUUUCCCGGGAAGCUGGUAGAAUGCAGGAUAUGUCAUGAUGACGAUGAAGAUACCAAUAUGGAGACACCCUGCUCUUGUUGUGGUAGUUUGAAGUACGCUCACCGUAGAUGUAUACAACGAUGGUGUAAUGAGAAGGGUGACACCACCUGUGAGAUAUGCCACCAGCAAUUCAGGCCAGGCUAUACUGCUCCUCCACCACUAUUUCAGUUUGGACGUAUUCCAAUGAGUUUCAGGGGGAAUUGGGAGAUUUCAAGAAGAGACUUGAAUAGUACACAUUUGGUUAGCAUGGUCCCCACUGAUCAAAACGUUAACACUUCUAACUAUGAUCAGUAUUCAGCCUCUGUUACAGGAAGUUUGAUUUGCUGUCGUUCAAUUGUUGUCAUUUUCAUGGUUAUUCUGAUUUUAAGACACACACUUCCCCUUGUAAUUAGUGAAAAUAAGGAGUAUUCUUUCCCACUCUUUUUGCUGUUGUUGUUUCGGACUGUGGGAGUUGUUCUUCCAAUAUACUUCAUGGUUAGAGCAGUGGCAUUAAUCCAGCGCCAUCGGAGACAGCAUCGAGAGCAUCUUAAUGCCUUGGCCAUUUCAUCUGACGAUGAAAGCGAGCAAGCAGAUUUGCAGCCUCAGCCUCAGCCUCAUAUCAUACAUGUACUGUAAAAAUAGUGUAGCCGGUAACCACUUGAAGAAGUAAUUGAAGGAUGAAAAGCUCCUGGUUUAAGAUGCUGCACUUUGUCUUCUGAUUUUUUUUCAUGUAAAUUAGAUGGAGACAAGUUUCUUGAGAACCUGGAGUUUGCUUAGGAUGGGGACACUGAAAUUCAGAUGUUCGUAGCUCAUAAGGAGGCAUUGCAUGCCACUUGUGUUACCUAGUCCCUCUGCUAUAGCUACUCUUCGGGAAGUCUUGGAAACAGCAAGUUAUACAUUUAAAUUACUGUUUAUUUA